AUGGAGGGCGAGGAGGUGCCAGCAGACCUGGUGCUGCUCUCCACCCCCGACCCCGAAAACCUCUGCUACGUCGAGACCGCCAACCUCGACGGCGAGACAAACCUCAAGAUCAAGUACUGCUGGACCCCCGGGGUCACCGGCCGGUCAACUGCGGCGGAGUUCCGGGAGUUCGCCAGCAGCUGCUUCGUCGGCUGCGAGCAGCCGAACCCCAAGCUGUACGUGUUUGACGGGUUCAUGGAUGUCAACGGGUCCAAGGAGCCGCUCGAUGCCAACAACCUGCUGCUGCGCGGCUCCACGCUGCGCAAGACGGCCUGGGCCAUAGGGCUGGCCGUCAACGUGGGGCGGGACGCCAAGAUCGUGCAGAACAUGACCAAGGCGCCGCGCAAGAUCACCCAGCUGGAGCGCAACAUGAACGUGCUGGUGAUGGUGCAGUUUGCGGUGCUGUUCGCGGGGUCGGCAGUGCUCGCGGGCCUGGACCAGUGGUGGCAGUACGAAAACAACCCGACAG